AUGUCUUCUCUGAACUCCACCAACCCCUCCCACCCCCCCUCCUUCCUCCUGCUUGGCAUUCCUGGGCUGGAGAAGCAGCAGUUCUGGAUUGCCUUCCCCUUCUGCAUCAUGUACGCCAUAGCUGUGCUGGGCAACAUCAUCCUUCUCAUCGUCAUCAAGACAGAGUCAAGCCUACAUGAGCCCAUGUACCUCUUCCUGGCCAUGCUGGCCUUCACUGACCUGGUCCUCUCUACAUCCAUGCUGCCCAAAACGCUCGCCAUCUUCUGGUGGGGCUCCAGGGAGAUUGGCUUUGUUUCCUGCCUUGUUCAGUUGUUCUUUGUGCACACCUUCACAGCAGUGGAGUCAGGCGUGCUCAUGGCCAUGGCCUUGGAUCGCUACUUUGCCAUCUGCCAUCCCCUGCGGCACUCCAGCAUCCUCUCCAUGCCGGUGGUGGCAGCUCUCGGGAGCCUGGUGCUGCUGCGUGGAGUCCUCAUG